AUGUCCGAUAGAUCGUCAUUUUCUAAUGAGGAUGUAAUUGACCCAAUUGCUACCGAGGAAGAAUCAAGGGAGGAUGAACUUAAUGAAACAAUUUCAAAAGUUGCUAAAAAAUCCACGCAAGAGGAGAAGGAGCUAAUUGCAACAGCUAAUGAGUUACUGGAUAAUCUUGAACAUAUUCAUAGAACUGAUUUAACAUUACACCUAUACUCAUCAUUUUUGUUGAAGAAACUACUUCGUAGGGCUAAUUCUCGGAAAUUUCCAUAUGAGACAGAUCAGUUUAUCAAAAACAAGAUAAAAGAAAAUUGGGUAAGCUGGCCCAAUCCUCAAACAAUUAUUGAUCCCCAAACCAAUAAGCUUUAUGAAGACUCCAAUGAAAUUCAAAGUGAAGUGGGAUUACAACCAGGUGAAGUGUCGUUUAACGCAUUAUCUCAUUCAUGCAAUUUACUCAAAUUGGAACUUAACUCUCAUUGGCAGCGCUGCCUGAUGGAGUCAUCUAAGAAAUCUGGCGAGACUUUAGAUAUCGAUAAGAUGGAUAUUCCAGAAAAUUUUUCCAACGAAAUCAUUGGCAAACUUGAUGAAUUCUUUAUGGGACUCCAUGAUAAAAUCGCAAUUAAAAACAAAAUUAAAGUAAAAUCAAGUAACCAUUCUUGCUCUCCACCAUCUUUAUCUACUCCUUCUCAGACAGAGGUUUCUAUCUCACAAAUGGAGCCUAAAAAAAAAAAGAUCAAGGCCAACAAAAAGAUAAAACUGAAUUUUAACGAUAUUAUAGAGGAAGGUUGUAACAUGAGAGAAGACAUGACAAACAUUUAUCUGAAAUCUUUGGAACUGUAUAAUGACAUUCCUGGAUCAUUUAAGAAACAGAAAUUUAAACUACCCAAGAAAAUCUUGAAGAAUUAUACUUUAGAGAACUCAUUGAAUUCCAACCUUCCAGAAAUCUUGCAAAACACAGAUAAAGACUUUAUUAAUAUAGAUACUCUCCUUCGAGAUAAAAGAUUAACAUCUGCUGACAAGACAAAGUUGAAAAUGAUACGGGAGGACGAUCGAGAUAAUGUACUUGCUCGUAGAACAUUUAUGGAAAUGCAACAAGCUCAAACGCUUAAUGACCUCCCGAUAAGUGAAAUGGAUUUCGUUUCAUCAAAAGGUAAUGAAACUGAAGGUGAGGAAUAUACAGCAGAUGACUGCCAUGUUGGUAUUCGAAAUUCAUAG